UGACGGCUCUAUAAAUUUCAAAUGGAGAUGUUUUAGUGCAAUUUUGAGCCUUAUUUGUGUCGUAAAUUAGUAAAUGUCCUGUCCAAAAGUGAGAUAAAACCACAAGCAACACCGACGUCCAUCAGAUUACGAGCAAAAUUUGCGUCAUCAUCAACUAUUUCGUCGUAUUAUGACAUGGCCACAAACUAUGAAUCAGGCGUAUUUUUAUGAAGAUCAAGUAUUCAAGUUUACGAAGAAAAAUGUAAAAUUCGGACUGGUAAUCGAGAAUUAUGAGGCGGUGAAUAGCACAGAUGAGGAGUUCGAGGACUCGCUGAAGCAGGGAGAGAUCCGAGUUGCCUGGUAUCCGGAAGGAAAGGAGGAGAUUUUGCCAGAAUCGAAUGUCUUCUUGGCGGAUCGCACCUUGAUGCCCGGUGACGUGGUGCGUCGCAUGACGGUGAAAGGUGACUCGCAACGCGGAUACUGUCGCGAAGUCUUCGUGAAAGCCGACGUUCGAAUCCUGGGCACGAAAUAUGUCAUAAAAAAUGUCCCGUCGGACCGUUUGAAGCCCCUAGAGACGAUGCCACGCGACAAUGCCGUCUGUCUGGACUCCUGGGUGGGCAGCACGAAGAACAUCAACGAAAAAUUGACGCUAAAAUCGACGUGCGGCUCAAUUUUGGAAAUUCGCCCGGAUAUCGAGUACUGCCCGUUGAAGGAUGUCGUCACGAAAACGCGUUCCGGACUGUUUGCCGGGCAAGCCUUCUAUCCGGGCCAAGUUCUGGUCGGCAAUGUAAGCGAAUUGGAAAACGCAAUUUGGAUUCGAACGUCGCCCGAAAUGCGAACAAGUCGCAAACACAAAACGGUCGAUAGGAAAUUCAGCGUGGAAUCUGUCGAAAUCGAGGGCGUUUGGGUAAAUUGGCAGUGCAAGGCGUCAUGCGAGGAUUCCGUGAUUGAUGCAAGUAAAAAAGGCGGAACUGGGAUCCAACAACCAGCUUGUUAUGUCACGGGAGACGACUUGAAACGCAUUAAGCGCCUAAACCUCUUUGAGCCGUGCAUGUUGCAAAUUAACGACAAAAAUUUCCUGAAAAUCGAGGAAGGUGACGUCAUGAUCCGGAAAUCGCAGUGGAAAAAGGAGCAAAAUAACCGAUUUCACAUCCUAAAAGACCAAUUGCAACUCAAACAGCAGGAAUUAGCAAAAGCAAUAACCAAAGAUGUCAAAGUUAUUAAUGUGGUGGAGCCGCCGACCAUCACAGCGAACGAUGAAACAGCAGCAGCGACGACGACGACACCCACAAUAAAUUCAAGUACAACGACACACAAACAACAACACGCCGACACAAACGGAUGUGAUAAGACGAGAUUGUGUCCGAAUAGUAUUUCGGGAGCGCUCGCGCAGGAUCACGACACCAACACCAACCACACCAAGGAGAUAGGAAGCAAAGAGACUGGAACGCAACAAGAAUGUGCCUACAACAAUAAAUGUUAUCGAAAGUCGCCGACCGAAAGUGACGAAUGGAAGACGGAGGAGGACGAUGAAACUGCAUUCGUGUCGGACAGCAAUACUACGGUGUCGUCUUGCUCAAGUAGUGCAACGCCCAAAAGUAGUCCCAAAAAGUCGCCGUUGCUGGUUAAUAAGAUUCGUCGUUUAAAGAAACGUGACUCGACAUCCAGCGCCUCGGAAAAAAUCCCCGCAGUCGGCGAAGAAGUCAUCACGGAAUGUCUUGUCGUGUACAGCUCCGCAACGGUAGUUUGGCAAGACGGAACAAUCGAAACGGACAUUCACUCCACGGAACUUUGUCCCAUUCAUCAUCUCGACGAUCACGAAUUUUUCCCGGGAGACUUUGUGCUCCUCGACGACGGCACCAACAACACGUCGUACCGCGAUUACGGCGUCAUUCAAAAAGUCGAUCAUCUGGGACGCGUUGCCAAGGUCAAGUGGUUCAGCACGUACUCGUGCAUGGAGGAACCGCGACCCACGUACAAAGGCGAGUCCGAAGUGAGUGUCUACAACUUGAAAGAUCAUCCGGAUUUCCAAUACAGACCGGGCACGAUCGUCAUUCGCGUGGCAAAUUUCGUGGGCGAAGACAAAAAUUGCACCGCUGGUCAGGUGAUCGACAACUUUUGCGAGGGUUAUGUGCGAGUUUGGUGGGUGGAUGACGGGCACAUCAGUAAUUGCUUUCCGCAAGACCUUUUCGAGGUGGGGCAGUACGAUUCGGAGAAUAAUUUUUGGAGUAACGACGAUUCCGACAACGAUUCGUGGGAAACGGAAGAGGAAACUAGCGAGUUGGGAGGCAUGCCGCCGAAAGAAGUGUCCAAACCGCAACUUGUGGCAAAUCUGGAAAGAGCUCGUGUUGCAAUGGCCAAACUUGAGGAAAUUUUUAUCAUCAAUCCAACGCUGCAAAAUCAAAAUGUCAUGAAAAAAUUACUGUUGGUUUACAAAAAAUGUCGUUACCUGGACCGAUUAAUGGGAACUUCGUUCUUUCAUGAAGAACAUUUUCAAGGAUUAGUGGAACGUGUACGCAAAGGAGGUCAUCCAUCGACUGCAGAACGAGUGCAGGACUUGAAAAAUCGUCUUUUUAGCGACGGAACGAGCACAUCAGCAGCUGCCAGUGAACUUGCGGUGACUUUUAUCAAAAAAAUAAAACUUUCGCACACAAAAAGCGAGUCAAACAGCCACGAAGACACAAGUUGCUCAAGCAUGGGAUCAUCUUCAGCCAACAACAAAGGUCUCCUAAAUCCCUCCUCCAAUACCCAGUCAUCGAAACACCUCAACAAAUCCACUUCUUCGGAAAUUUCGAGUCUCGAUGAAACCGAUUGUCAUCCCUUGACAUGUAAAGAUGACGAUUCCGGGCAUUUUUCAAAGACAGAAACGACUCAGGUCACGCAGGCUGAUACGGCAAUCGAGACAACGGAUCCCAAUUCGGAUUGCGUUUGUGCUCGUCUCUGUGCUCUGAUCAAGGCGCAACUCGUAAAAGCUUUGCAGGAGAUAAAUUCGCGAUAUUGCCAAACGGACACCUUCAAAGAGAUUAUCGAAGAAUACGAAAUUGAGCCAGCGACGGACGAGUUGCACGUUGAGCUGCCGGAAACGCCACAAGACAAUCCCACGGAGGAAGAGAAACCACUGAGUGACGAUGCCACCACUGCCGCCAAUGACGCUGCGAUUCCCAAUCCCGAUGCUGUAGAAUACUUCCAAAUUGUAGAGACGGCCCCCAGUUCGCACAAGUUCCAUUUAACCGUAUUCCAUCCAACAAACGCACAAAAUUUCUUCAAAACUGUCCAUAAGGAGCAUCAUUUGCUACGAACUUCCUUGCCGCCGGGCGUUUGGGUGCGCAGCUUCGAGGAUCGUCUGGAUUUGAUGAGUUUCAUGAUUGAAGGACCCAAAAAGACGCCGUAUGAGGGAGGAUUGUUUCUGUUUGACAUACAAUUGGGUCCCGACUAUCCAAGAACACCUCCAUUGUGUCAUUACAUCAGUUUUUGCUCAGACCGCUUAAAUCCAAAUCUCUACGAGGACGGCAAAGUAUGUGUGUCACUUUUGGGCACGUGGCAGGGUCGCGGAACCGAAGUUUGGGGUCCCACAAGUACGUUGCUGCAGCUGAUUGUGUCAAUUCAAGGCCUUAUUUUGGUUGAUGAACCAUAUUUCAACGAAGCUGGAUACGAAAAGCAAAAAGGAAGCCAACAAGGCAGUGAAAAUUCGCGCAUGUACAAUGAAAUGGUGAUCCUGAAAUUGGUGCAAUCCAUGACAAAGCUAAUUAUUUCGCCGCCACCCGUUUUCCGCGAACAAAUUUUGAAGUAUUUCAAGGAAAAUGGCAACGCCAUGUACCAACGCAUCAAAAGUUACAUGGAAAUGUCAGAUACGCCGCUGAGUGACGACGAAAGUUCAUCCGUUAAAAUUCGCGUAAAUGGCAUCCAGUUGACGACACCGGAAUUUCCCCUCAUACCAGCCAGUCGUGGUUUCUGUUUGACGCUCGUCGGCGUGCUCGACAACUUUCACAAGAAACUACAAGCAAUCGCGGAAUAGCCUCAAGUGACUCGUGCCCACUUACAUUGCAAAUAAUUGUUGUUCCUAUUACCCAGUAAAGUACUCUCUAAUCACUCUCUCUAUCUCUAUCGCUCGCAUUUUUUGUGUGUUCCGUGUCCUAAACAAACAUUUUUUAGCGUUUCGUUUCAAGCAUUCAAGCAAAAAAAAAAUCGCCUAAUUUUGUGAAAAAAUUUCUCAAAUUACUACAAAAAAAUUUGUUAAAGUAGCGUAAAAACUAGAAAGUAAUGAUGAUGUUACUAGAUGAAUAGAGAAAAAAUACAAAAAAUAGCUCACUCUAAAUCUCACGUACCACAAAAAAAAAUAAUAAACAAAAAUCUUGUAGUCUAUACAAUUUUUAAUGAAACAUUUUUUAGUAGGAAAAAAGUUUCUGUAAAUUUAUAAAUAAAAAAAAACACAAGAAAAGAGAUUCUCUUCUAGAAAAAAAUAAAUUUUUAAUAUUAAUUUUGUUACUCACAUAUCAAAAAAGUUAAGUUUCUCCAUUUUUGUAUCUCUCCUAUUUUUUUCUUAAAAAACGAUCUUGGUGCCUUUUUGAUGAUUAUUUCUAGUAAAUUUUG